AUGUAUUCUUCUGUCAACUUAUUACGCUCUUUAACUAGAGCUCACAAAACUAUACAAGUAGUUGCAAGAAACUAUUCAGUGCCGGCGAAACAAGCCAGUGUUACGAGCACAUUUGUUGGAGCACUGAGGAAGAUUGUUGGUGAUCAGAAUGUUUCUACUUCAGAUGCUGUUAGAGAGCAGCAUGGACACGAUGAAUCCCACCAUGCUUCGUCACUACCAGAUGUUGUGGUGUUUGCUGAGUCAGUUGAGCAAGUGAGCCAAGUUGCUAAGUUCUGUAAUGAUAACCGAGUCCCUCUCAUCCCCUUUGGGAGCGGGACAGGCCUUGAAGGUGGUGUUAAUGCAUUGGAGGGAGGAGUUGCUCUGAACAUGAACAAAAUGAAUAAGAUUGUGGAGUUGAACAGCCAAGAUUUUGACUGCACUGUCCAGCCAGGUGUCAUGCGAAUAGCUCUCAACACUUUCCUUAGGGAUACUGGUCUGUGGUUUCCUAUUGAUCCAGGUGCAGAUGCCUCUAUAUGUGGAAUGUGUGCCACAAGUGCGUCAGGCACUAAUGCAGUACGCUAUGGAACCAUGAGAGAGAAUGUUCUCAAUCUGCAAGUUGUACUUCCAGAUGGUCGUGUGUUUGAUACUGCUGGGAAAGGAAGGAGAACAAAGAAAACAUCUGCUGGCUACAAUUUGACAAACUUGUUUGUGGGAUCUGAAGGGACUUUGGGCAUCAUCACUCAGGCUACAAUUAGACUGUAUGGUAUUCCAGAAAAGACUAUUGCAGCUGUUUGCCAUUUCAACUCGGUGCAAGAUGCAGUGGACACAGUGGUGCAGAUCUUACAGUGUGGCAUCCCAAUGGCUAAACUGGAAUUUUUGGAUGACACAGCCAUUAAUGCAUUUAAUAAGUACAGCAAGUACAACAUGACCGUUGCCAACUCCUUGUUUCUGGAGUUCCAUGGGCCAGCUCAAGGGCUGGAGGAUCAGUUUGAUGCAGUUAAGGAGCUAGUUGAAGCAAACAAUGGAUUUGGACUGCAGGUUGCCUCAGACGUUGAUGAAAGAACUCGUCUGUGGAAAGCAAGACAUGAAAUGGUCUAUGCAUGCACUGCUCUUGUUCCAGGUUCCAGGCCAUAUUCAACGGACGUGUGUGUGCCGAUCUCAAACUUACCAGAGGUCAUCAUCAAAACCAAAGAAAUGAUCAGUGAAGCUGGUGUUCAGGGUCCUAUAGUCGGCCAUGUUGGCGAUGGGAAUUUCCACGUGUUUUUCCCCAUUGAUCGUGAAGAUAAAGAAACAUUGAAUAAAGUUACUGAUAUUUCAAAACGCAUGGCUUUGCUGGGGCUGAGUCUCAACGGUACCUGUACCGGGGAGCAUGGGAUUGGCCUGGGCAAGAGGGAGCUUCUUAUCAAAGAGCUUGGUGAACAUGGAGUGGAGGUGAUGAAACAGGUGAAGCAGGCCUUUGAUCCUAAUGGCAUCAUGAACCCGGGAAAAGUCUUUGUGUGA